AAAGCUGCCCCGCGCUUUUCUCUCUCUCUCUCUCUCUCUCGCUCUUUCUUUCUGGUUGAAUGAAUCCUCUGUUUUCUCCGCUUCCCUUCAACUCCACACAAAUAUUUACUGAUUCACAAUUAUUUCUCCCUUUUUUCUUUUUUUUGUUUUUUGAUUUUUACCUUAUCUUCGCAGAGAUAUAUGUGAUGGAGAAACUUGGCUUUUGAAAGUUGUUUGAAUUUUAGUCGCAGCAAAAAAAAAGAAAAAAAAAUGAAGCCUUAGGUCAACUUUUUCGUCUCCCUGUUCCUUUUUUGGCUUUUGUAUUUGGUGCUAUUUCAGUUGGGAAAAAUUCCUUUGUUCCUUUUUUCCCCCAUUUGGUUUUUUUAGUUUCUGGGCAAUCAUCAUUUUCUUAGUUGAGAACUGGGUUUUGAUUGUUUUUAUUUUUCUAAAUUCUGUAUUUUUAAUUUUCUUAAUUUUUUUGGGUGGGUCAUCGUUUUUGUUUUUCUCUGUACAAGUUGGGAACUGGGUCGUUUUCUUAGGGGGUUUACUUUUUUUUUUUUUUAAUUGGUUUUCUUGCCGUUUGUUUUAUGUUAUUAUUCGUGGAGAGAAAUGGUGGUUGCUGCGGCAAGUUUAGGGUUUUGAAUGGCUGAAAUUCAACUCUUUUAAGGAGCGUUGAAUUUGUACAAAGCAUUUAUUUUUGGGGGUCAAUUAUGGUAUACUUUCGGUUUUUCCAUUGAAGAAUGUUUGUCUUUUUUGUUGUUUUUGGGAGAAUAUAAUUUGUUUUGGGAAUAAAGUUUUAUUAAGGGGUGUUUUUUCUUUUCUCUUGUUGAUUGAAAUUUUCUGUCAUUCUCUUCAUUUUUUUCUGUGGCCUGUUCGAUGAUGACGAAAACGUCUUGGAUCCAUUUAUAGUUCAUUCUUUUAACUAGUUUGCAUAAAAAUCUAAACUUUGGUUCAAUUUUUGGUUGAAUUGUUUUGGUUGUAUUCAAGUGUUUUUGGAGUGAUCAAAUCAUCCCUUCUCAAAUUAAGGCGGUUGGAAAUUUGAGUUGAGUUUAGUUGUGUCUGAAUCUUUAAACAUGGAUACAAACACAAGUGAUGAUGUUGGAGAAAUCCCAAAAACAGAAAAUAAAGAGGGAAGUUUUGGUUCCAAGUUGAAGGGAACAGGAAGUCUUAGUGCUAAAGAUUUGUCAUCAGCUGGUGUUGGAAGCAUUAGUUCUAAAGAUAUGAUCUUCAGGGCUGAUAAAAUUGAUCUGAAAAGUUUGGAUGUUCAAUUGGAGAAGCAUCUCAGCCGUGUUUGGUCAAGAAAUGUAGAGAACAGCAAUAAGCCCAAGGAGCCAUGGGAAAUCGAUCCAUCUAAGCUGGAAAUCAGAUACCUUAUAGCCCAGGGGACUUACGGUACGGUCUACCGUGGUACAUAUGAUACUCAAGAUGUUGCAGUCAAGCUGUUGGACUGGGGAGAGGAUGGCAUUGCCACAGUUGCUGAAACUGCUGCUUUGAGGGCAUCAUUUCGGCAAGAAGUUGCUGUUUGGCACAAACUUGACCAUCCAAAUGUCACAAAAUUUGUUGGCGCAUCAAUGGGGACUUCAAAUCUCAAGAUUCCUUCCAAAAAUCCUUCUGAAGGUUUUACCAACCUUCCAUCCAGGGCAUGCUGUGUUCUUGUGGAAUUUCUUGCUGGCGGAACAUUGAAGAACUUCUUAUUUAAAAAUAGGAAAAAGAAGCUUGCAUUCAGAGUCGUGAUCCAACUCGCAUUGGAUCUCUCUAGGGGUUUGAGCUAUCUGCACUCUAAGAAGAUCGUACAUAGAGAUGUGAAAGCAGAAAACAUGCUGUUAGAUACUUAUCGGACUCUGAAGAUUGCAGAUUUUGGUGUUGCUCGUGUUGAAGCGCAGAAUCCUCAGGACAUGACUGGUGAAACUGGAACCCUUGGAUACAUGGCCCCAGAGGUUCUUGAUGGAAAGCCUUACAACAGAAAAUGUGAUGUCUACAGCUUUGGCAUUUGCUUGUGGGAGAUUUAUUGUUGUGAUUUACCUUAUCCUGAUCUUAGUUUUGCUGAAGUUUCUUCUGCUGUGGUUAGACAGAAUCUGAGGCCGGAAAUCCCUAGAUGUUGUCCAAGUUCUCUGUCACACAUCAUGAAAAGAUGCUGGGAUGCCAAUCCAGACAAACGACCUGAGAUGGAUGAAGUGGUAAAGUUGUUAGAAGCAAUUGAUACAAGCAAAGGAGGAGGAAUGAUACCCGAAGAUCAGGCUGGCGGCUGUUUCUGCUUUGCUCCAGCUCGAGGUCCAUAAAAUUUUUCUUUUUAGAGUCUUUUGUUAGUUUCGACAAUUUGAUUUGUCUUUCACAUUUGUUUUGCUCCGGCGAUCUCUGAUGGGGUCUUUGAAAUUCAUUUUGUUGUCCAUAAUUGAAAAUACUGGUUAAAAAGGUGAUGCAAUUUGUCAAUUGCAAUGUUCUGUAUUGUUAACCAGUUUCUCAGCAUUCCCCUCCCCCACCCUUUCCCCUUUCCCUGCUUCCACCGGCAACAGAAAGCACAACAGAACAAAUCUGAACUCUAUGCCAACUAAUUUUUCUCUUCAUUAAUCUGUUAAAUUGCCUUAAAAGAGAGACCUCUUAACAUUCAGAUAGGAGAAUCUACAGCAGCAUUCCUGUUUGUUGUACCUGAAUGGAAUGGAGGGAGUAUAAUGGAUUUAAGUUCUGCUUAAAGUUUCUUCCUUAUCCCCAAUGUUGUUUAUGGUGUCCACUCUGUAAUAUGAGAUUCGAAUCAGCAGCAACAGAGGCAAUAAAGGGCCUCAAACAACAUACCUGCAGCUUCUUCUCCUCAAGAUUCUGCAUAGCUUCUUUAGUACUACAUAUUUCCUGUUGAAACUAUUAGCAUUCCCUUUUCAAGAUUUGUGUUUAUGCUUGUGUGUACCAUUUUUGGUAUUGAGAUUAAGAUCAUCAGAUCAUGUUUCCAAAGUGCCCACAUCCCAUGCCAGUUGAUCAUAUAAGUGGAUAUCUACUCUUACUUUUUGAUAAUCUUGCACUGUUUUUGGGUUAGGCUUUCUUUGUGGAGUUCCAUUUGGACUAUUUUUGCUUGAGUAAAACUGAUAGUUAGAGACUUGUAUUUUUAUUUUAUUUUUUGCCUUGCCGUCUACUAAUUCUCUUAUUCUGUUGUGUCCAAAUGAAGGAUACAUGCACGUCAUAAACAGCGCUUCAACAUUAUCCUUCCCAAUCUGUAAAAUUUUUUAAUGUAUUUCCUCCG